AUGAUGGCGUAUAUGAACCCGGGGCCCCACUACUCGGUCAACGCCUUGGCCCUGAGUGGUCCCAGCGUGGAUCUGAUGCACCAAGCUGUGUCCUAUCCAAGUGCCCCAAGGAAGCAGCGGCGGGAGCGGACCACCUUCACCCGGAGCCAGCUGGAGGAACUGGAGGCCCUGUUUGCCAAGACUCAGUACCCGGAUGUGUAUGCUCGAGAGGAGGUGGCUCUGAAGAUCAACCUGCCCGAGUCCAGGGUUCAGGUUUGGUUCAAGAAUCGCAGAGCUAAAUGUCGCCAACAGCGCCAGCAGCACAAACAGCAGCUGCAGCCCCCAGGCGCGCAGACCAAGGCUCGCCCUGCCAAGAGGAAGGCAGGCCUGUCGCCGAGAUCCUCCUCCGACGUCUGUCCGGACCCCCUGGGCAUCUCAGACUCCUACAGCCCCCCUCUCCCCGGCCCCUCAGGCUCCCCCACCACGGCUGUGGCCACCGUGUCCAUCUGGAGCCCGGCCUCAGAGUCCCCUUUGCCGGAGGCCCAGCGGGCGGGGCUGGUGGCCUCGGGGCCUCCUCUGACCUCUGCGCCCUACGCCAUGACCUACGCCCCCGCUUCUGCUUUCUGCUCUUCCCCCUCAGCCUAUGGGUCUCCGAGCUCCUAUUUCAGUGGCCUGGAUCCCUAUCUUUCCCCCAUGGUGCCCCAGUUGGGGGGCCCGGCUCUCAGCCCCCUUUCUGGCCCGUCCGUGGGGCCCUCCCUGGCCCAGUCCCCCACCUCCCUGUCGGGCCAGAGCUAUGGCACGUACAGUCCUGUGGACAGCUUGGAAUUUAAGGACCCCACAGGCACCUGGAAGUUCACCUACAACCCCAUGGACCCUCUGGAUUACAAGGAUCAGAGUGCCUGGAAGUUUCAGAUCUUGUAG